AGCACUCAGUCCACAUCAGCAACCAACGGUCCCCUGUCAAUCUAUCGCCAUGCCCUCCUCCUCCGUUAUGUCUCCUCGUUUGCCUUCACCAACGGCACCUCCAACUACCGCUACAUCUGACGGCGGCAUUCCCGCGACUGCAUAGACUAUUGGUGAUGUCAUGUACAACAGCACCAUGAAUCUAGAGGAAGCCGAAUCGUGUCUGAUGGCAUUUGAAGCUAAACAACUUCGCACAGAGUGUUACCUUCGACAGCUAGGUAUCGUUAAAAAGGGCCCGGACGCCAACGACCACAAGUCAGGAUGUGUUGCGUUAUUAAUGCAACAGAAGCGCGCGUUCAGCGAGAUGCAACGUCUAGGUGUGGAGGAAGGUCCGGCUAAACGCGUUGUAGUGGAACAAACAGCAGCAGUAUCGUUUGGACGUUGGCUCGAUCGCGAAGACGACGAGUGAUCGCUAUGAUCUCGCUGGGUGUGCGCAUUUCGUUGCGAUAGUGGAAGAGAACAAAUGCAAAGCGAUCAAAGUGAUACAUCGCAGUUAUAAGA